AUGGCAUCCCAAACUACUCUUCAAAAGAAACUUGCGGAGCUUCAAGAACCAAAGCAAACGCACCAAAACUCACGCCCCAAGAUCCAAAAGGUUGCCGAGUAUCUCCGAAAUAGAGAACAUUUUGAGAAGCAAUACUCACCCAAGUUUGUGUCAAUAGGUCCCAUCCAUCAUGACAGUCCAAAUCUCAAGUUAGGAGAGAACUAUAAGCUUACCUGGGCAGCAAAAUACAUCCAAACCACCCAACAAGAUCCAGAAUUUCUACACAAAAAGAUUGCCGAUAACAUUUUCGAACUCAAGAGUCGUUUUGCGGACGAUGUUUUAGCUUUAGCCAAUAUAGCGGAAUCUCUAAAAGACUUCCGCGGCCUUGAAGAAAAGCUGGCAUGGCUUUUGUUCGCGGAUGGUUGUUCUUUGCUGUAUAUUUUGAUAAAUGUGAAGCUUUAUCAACUUGAUAAACCAAAAGAUAGGAUUACUAACCUUGGCCAAAUUGAUGGUGUGAAUAUUAAUGUUGAUGAUGAUCCGGAACAUCUGAAUAUGAAGGUUGAUCAACUUGUUCUUGUGAUGAUGGACGUGCUUUUGUUGGAGAAUCAGCUUCCUUAUAAAGUAUUGAAGCUGUUGUGGAAAAAUGAGAACGAUAAAGAAUUGAUAGAUACUAUGAAGAAUUUUCUCAAAAAUUAUCAUUGGGCCACGCAGGAUAAGAAGACGACCUGGAGCAGGCCAGGCAUUUUCUCUAAUACUGGUCAAAUAAAAAAGACAAAAGCAGAAGAUGAUUUACCGAAUGAUAUCAUUGAGACACCAACUCAUCUUCUUGAUCUUCAGCGUAAAAUGAUCCUUCUCACAAAAUCUAAUUCCAAGACGGAAGCCAAUAAGGAAGCUAACUACGAGAUGAAACAAAGUGGAAAAUAUUCGGAAGAAAUGAUGACAUACAGGAACAUACAAGAUCUAACAGCAGUAGGAAUAAAACUCAAAUCAAGCAGAACACGAAGUCCAACAGACGUAGAUUUCUCGGAGGAUUGGUUUGCUGCGAAACUGACUCUUCCUGAGAUUGUUGUGGACGAUAACACAGCUGCUUCUUUCCUGAAUCUGAUAGCGUAUGAGAUGUGUCCAGAUUUUAAGAACGACUACGGAAUAUGUUCAUUUGCGGUUUUCAUGGAUUCUCUCAUUGAUCAUCCUGAAGAUGUGAAGAAAUUGAGAUCAAAAGGUAUUUUGGUGAAUUCACUUGGGAGUGAUGAGGAGGUUGCUAAUCUUUUCAACAUCAUAAGUACUGACUUGGUACUUAACCCAGAAACAUAUCUUAAAGUUAAAGCUAAAAUACACGAGCAUUACCGUAAUAAAUGCAAUAUUUGGAUAACGGAGGGUUGUAACACUUAUUUCAGCAAUCCUUGGGCUAUCACUGGUUUCAUUGCUGCGGUUAUUGCACUUGUUCUCACUUUCGUUCAAACAUGGUUUUCCAUUUUCCCAUCUCAUAAUUAA